AUGAGAUCUCACUUUCACCUUUCACUCAUAUCCUCUUGCCCUAAUCCUACUGUCACCGUCUUAAUCCACCACCACCCAAUCGGAAACUCAACCUCUCCCCCGUCAACUCAGCGGCACCGGAUUCAACGGAGAUUUGAUCGGAGAUCGAAUCAGAUUUCUUCGGCCAAAUCAGUGGCAUCGAAUUCAACGACGAUUGCUGACAAUCCAAUUGUUGCAUCUACAUCUGAAGAGGAUGAAAUUCAGGCGAAAGUUGGAGCUAGGGUUAGGGUUACAGUGCCGUUGAAGGUUUAUCAUGUGCCGAAAGUGCCGGAAGUUGAUUUGAACGGACCACUCUGA